CUUUUUUGCUAAGCUCUGCUGAUGGCAAUAAUGGAACUGUUAACUGGACGACUAAGCGAGCCCACAGUUAUGUUAUCAGCAGAAUAAAGGCUGUUCAGAAGAAUGUGUACACAAUUCUGUCUAAGGUGCACUCUGAUCGGAAUGUAUACCCUUCUGCUGGAGUUCUGUUUGUUCAUGUUUUGGAGAGAGAGUACUUUAAGGGGGAAUUUCCUCCUUACCCAAAGCCUGGUGAAAUAAGUAAUGAUCCUAUAACAUUUAAUACCAAUUUAAUGGGUUACCCUGACAGACCUGGAUGGCUACGCUACAUACAAAGGACACCAUACAGUGAUGGAGUGCUGUAUGGCUCACCAACUGUAGAAAACGUGGGCAAGCCAACCAUCAUUGAGAUCACUGCAUAUAACAGGCGUACCUUUGAAACAGCAAGACACAAUUUGAUCAUUAAUAUAAUGUCAGCAGAAGAUUUUCCUUUACCAUAUCAAGCGGAAUUCUUCAUAAGGAACAUGAAUGUAGAAGAAAUGUUAGCAAGUGAAGUUCUUGGUGACUUCCUUGGAGCAGUGAAAAAUGUAUGGCAGCCAGAACGCUUGAAUGCUAUAAAUAUUACUUCAGCCCUUGACAGGGGAGGGAGAGUUCCACUUCCAAUUAAUGACAUGAAAGAGGGUGUGUACGUGAUGGUUGGGGCAGAUGUUCCUUUCUCCUCGUGUUUACGAGAAGUGGAAAACCCACAAAAUCAGCUGAGGUGCAGUCAAGAAAUGGAGCCUGUAAUAACCUGUGAUAAAAAAUUUCGUACUCAAUUCCAUAUUGACUGGUGUAAAAUCUCUCUGGUUGACAAUACAAAACAAGUUUCCACCUUUCAGGAAGUGAUUCGUGGAGAGGGAAUAUUACCUGAUGGUGGAGAAUACAAGCCACCUUCUGAUACACUGAAAAGCAGAGACUAUUACUCGGAUUUCCUAAUUACACUGGCAGUGCCCUCGGCAAUAGCACUGGUGCUUUUCCUAAUACUUGCUUAUAUCAUGUGCUGCCGACGGGAAGGAGUGGAAAAGAGAAACAUGCAAACACCAGACAUCCAGCUGGUGCACCACAGUGCUAUACAGAAAUCCACCAAAGAGCUUCGUGACAUGUCCAAGAACAGAGAGAUCGCGUGGCCGCUUUCCACGCUGCCCGUGUUUCACCCGGUGACAGGCGAGAUCGUCCCGCCCCUGCACACAGACAGCUACGACAACACCAGCAUGCCUCUGAUGCAGACACAGCAGAACCUGCCACAUCAGACUCAGAUUCCACAGCAGCAGAGUGCAGGAGAAUUUCGUAUGACAACAUUUCAAAGAUUUGAGGUAAAUGGUAUUCCUGAGGAAAGAAAACUAACAGAAGCAAUGAAUUUGUAAUCCAAGAAGGCAGCAAAUUGUCUCACUUCCUUAUUUGUUCUGGUUGAUGCAUGAGUUUUUCUGGUGUAUAUUGUGCAUGCCCACAGUAUUAUGAUGCUUUCAGUGCCAGGAGUACAAUCACUUCCAUAUAACUGAUGUACUGUAUCCUUUUGUACUUUGGACAUUUUUGACAAUUUGUAAACACUUAUAUAACUUUUUAUAUUUGUUACAUUCUGAAAGUAAUCUUUAAUGUAUAUAUAUACAUAUAUAGAUGUAUAUGUAUGUAUAUAUAUAUGUGUGUAUUAAUAAAUAUCAAGCUUUAUUCUGUCUUGUGAUCUCUCCUGAAAGUUUUAACAGGGAAAUCAAAACUUUAGAGAUUCAAAGGAUUUCAGACCGUUAAUGGGAUGCUAUAAUUACCUAACAUUUGCACAGGAAAAGCUGUAGUGGACAAGCAUGAAAACUUGUGCAACAUGAUGAGGCUCAGAAAUAGUACUGCACAUAUAUUAGGUAUUAAUUUUUUAGAGAUUACCAAAUAUAAUGAGGAAAAUUAUUUUUAAAAAAUAAAUAAAUAACCCCCCAGAGAAAAUAACUGAACUACUCAUGAUAAAAAUUGGAUUUUUGCUCUUUUACCAGAUAUUUAUGCUAUUUCAGAUCUUGUAAGCAAUAAAGCAUUUAAAAUCUGUCCAUUCAUUCAUCUGGUUAUAUUAGUAGAAACUGUUACAAACUAGUGUAGGUAAAACUUAAUGCCUGCAUUAAAUAAUAAUAAUAAUAAUAAACAAGGGUUUAAUUUGGUACAGUAUACUUGGACUAAGUCUUUAAAAACACUCUUAAUGUUUUAUUUUUUUUGUGAUAUUCCCAAUAAACAACCCCAAUGCUGUUUAUUUUUUAUAUCCUCCACAUUUUUUUUUUCAUUUUUGGAGCAAAAACUGUUGUGGGAGAAUUACAUAUCCAGUAAACCAGGGAUUAUAUUUUCACAUCUUGAAAAGGACUUGAUUAAAGGCAUACUUUGCUGGGAAGUGGUUUCUUUGAGAGGCAUUCGUCUAUGCAGCUGAAAGCUCAGUAAUAUAUGGACUUUGCUAAAAGGAUCUGAACUGGGGUUUCCAUUGUUUUCAAUAGACAACUAUAAUUCACCUACUGACACUUUUCACCAGAUUUUAAAUGAAUUUCUGAUGCUUCUUUAAAUCUUCAAAUUUAAGGACAUCACACAGGACUUCAGGGUCUGCAGCUGUAGCAGCUGACAUCAAGAGUUUCUUGGGGUUUUACCUCAAAGCAUGGUAUUGUUUUAAGCUGACACUUACACUUUGUCUUUUUUUCUGUAAUAUUUUCUCUUUCAGAAGCUGUAUGUUCAUCAGGACAUUGCAUUGUAAGCAGAAAACUGCGUCUGCUUUAAAAUUGCUAAGUGCUGGCUACAUUUCCUUAGCUGAGGUUCCUGAAGUCUCUGCUAAGAGAAAUUUGAGUAGUUUUGGAAUUUAAGACUAAGGAUAAAAGGAAUCUGUAAAAUGAGGUCAUUUUGUAUAAAGACCAAAAUAGUUGCUCUUG